AUGCCCAUACAAAGCAUGGUUGAAAUUAACAGGAAACACAAAUUGAGCGAUAAAAGGGCACAGGAUAAGGAAAUGAGGGAUCGAUCUAUCUGGACAGAGGAGAAAUCCAAGGUAAACACCCGGGUUUGUAAGGGGAUUGAAAACCUUAGAAUUGCGGAUCCGAGACACAUGGGAUCAAAUAUUGAACAAACAAAAGAUUUGAAGAAUAGCAACAGUGUGUAUGAGGAGGAUAAUACAUUGGAUACUAAGAAAAGUGCAAUUGAACCGCUAUCUAGAGACGUAAGCGAAACCCAGAACAUGACUUGGGAAAUGUUUGGGCUAAAACCUGAGGUUGUAAAGAAGAUUGAUGUGAUGGGAUAUGCUUUUCCAUCGCCAGUUCAGGUUAAGUCGAUUCCACAUGCACUAUAUGGAAGAUGCUUAUUAGUUAGGUCGAAGAAUGGAACUGGAAAAACAGCAUCUUAUGUGAUUCCUAUCCUGAACAAUGUGGAUGUAUUGGAUAAGGAUGUGCAGGCCAUAGUUGUUGUUCCGAUCAGAGAGCUUGCGCUCCAAGUUGCAAGGAACUUUAGGAAGAUGUGUGAAGGAUUGGGCAUAUUAUCAGUGCCUGUUGUUGGAGGAAUGAGUAUGCAAGACGACAUAAUACGAAUGUUGAAUGGAGCACAUGUGAUGAUUGGAACGCCAGGAAGGAUAGUCGAUUUGAUUGAGAAAAAGGUUGGAACACUGUCCAAGAAAGUGAUGCUUGUGUUUGAUGAAGCAGACAAACUGUUGGACAUCUCAUUUGCAAAGAUAAUUGCACGUCUUUUGGAGCUAAUGCCUCAGAAUAGACAAAUAAUGUUGUAUUCGGCUACAUUUCCGUACUUCAUAGCAGGGUUUAUGAAAAAAUACAUGCACAGUCCUUUAUGCAUUAAUUUGAUGACAGAGCUUGUGCCGAUUGGGAUCAAGCAAUUCUAUGUGCAUGUUAAGCUGAUGGAUAAGCUUGUGUGUUUGAACUCAUUGCUUACGAAGACAUCAGGUAUUAAUCAGUGCGUGGUAUUCUGCAACGGUAUAAAAACAGUGGAGCUUCUUGCAAUGAAGAUAACAGAAAUGGGAAUACCAUCGUACUUUAUGCAUUCUAAGAUGACACAGGAGCAUAGGAAUGCAGUAUUCCACAACUUUCUAAAGGAGAAGUGUAAGAUUCUUGUUGCAACUGAUCUUAUCACCAGAGGUGUAGAUGCACCAAGCACCAAUUAUGUGAUUAACUUUGAUCUUCCAAAGACAUCGGAGUCGUAUUUGCAUAGGAUUGGAAGAGCAGGUAGAUUUGGCAGAGCAGGUGUAGCAAUAAGCCUUGUUUCGGAGUUUGACAAAGAAGUGCUUGCUGAGAUAGAAGCUAAUGUGGGGAAUACAAUAUCACCGCUUUCUGACAGUGGGCUUACUAGAUUGUAG